AUGUUCAUUACCCAGCUUUUAGUUAUAGUAUUUUUCCUUGUUAUUUUAACUGUUUUCGCAUCAUUCCUCAUCCUCCUUUUCCUCUUGUGAGCGGACAAAAAUUGGAAAGCAAAAUAAAUGAAUUUAUAAAAAUUUAUUUUUUUUAAAAAAGUUAGCUGUUUAAAAAUCAACAGAAGUAGAGAUUUCAAUAUACUUAUCACUCAUAUAUUGGUUUUUUAACUAUAAAAAUAGUAAUUUUCAAUUGAUUUUGUUCGAUCAUGUAGUCAGGGAGGAGUUAGUAAAUGUAUUAAAAUCUAUGAUUAUGGGAUUAAUGAAGCAUUUAUAAUCAAAUGGAAUUAUUCCCUUAGACUAAUAUAGUGCAUUGCAGUAAUAUUUGAUCGGAUUCCACAAGUCGAGAAUUUCUCCACAUGUGAAGCGCAAAUUCCAAAGUGGAGUGUGAAAUUUAGGUUUUACAUGUGGAAAAAUUCUCCACUUAUGGAGCUAGAUCAGACAUUUUUGCAAUCACUAUAGAUAAAAUGAACAAAAAUCGUAAUAAUUCGAAGGACCAAAAUUUGAUAAACUCUUUAAAAGUUGAAUUAUCGAAAGAAAAAAAGAUUAAUGAAGCAGCACAACAGCAAAUUUCAUGCUAUCAAAAUGAAGUUUUCUAUUUGACUGAGAAAUGCAAAACUUUGGAAAUGAGGAUGAGCAUCAAAGAAAAAUCAAUUCAAAAACUUGAAGAAAGAAAUGCAUUACUUUGCAAGGAUUUAGCAUUAAAAAAAAAUAAAAGCGAAAUUUUAGAGUUAAGCACGUUUUAUACUAUAGAAGGAGAAAGGCCAGCGACAGAACGACCUUCAUCAAGUUUUGAGGUAAAAGUUAGAAAUCUGUCUCAAGAAUUAAAAGGAAUUAGCUCAACUUUUGACUCGAGAAAUACUCAGAAUUAUGAAAAAAAUUAUAAAGAAGACUAUGAAAAAGAAAUACAAAAAAACAAAAAGUGCAGAGCUAAAAUAAGAAAUUUAAAAAAACAACUCAAAGACUCAGCUGAAGAAAUAUCAAAAAUCAGGCAAUUACAGCUUGAGCUUCAAGAGUGUAGGGACCUUAUAGAAAUUAAAGUAAAAAAUAAUUCCGUAAAAGAACAAAAAAUUUCUGACUCCCCCCCUUUUAAAUUGGAACAAAAUAUAGGUAAAAUUUCCACUUUUUUGGUAAAUUAACCCCCUUAAAUUUGAACAAAAUUUAAUUUUAUAAUAAAAAAUUAUAUAUAAUUUUUAUAUAAAAAGUUUUGAUAUAAGUUAAAUGUAUCUUCUUAACUAAAAUUCAAAAUUUAGUUAUAGCUUGCUCUUGUUUAAAGAAGAGAGUAUAAAGAGCAUCUUAUUUAAAUAAAUUUAUUAUCCUUAAUUGCUAAAUUUUAAAAACAAUUUUUUUUUUUAAAAACUUUUAUUUUUUUAAUAAAAAUGAUAUUUUUUAUUUAAAUAGUUUUGAUAUAAAUUCAAUGCGAAUUCUUUAUAAAAUUUUAAAACUUGCUUAUUUCUUGCUUUAUUGUAAAGAAUAGAGUAUAAAUAACAUCUCAUUUAAAAAAAAUUAGCACUUUGAUUGAUAAAUUUUCUAAAAUUUUUUUUUCUAAUUUUUUUGUAUCAAUAAAAAUAAUAAUUUUUGUGUAAAUAAUUUUGAUACCGAUUAAUAGUGGCGUAUUAACUAAUAAUGAAACUUUAGCUAUAUCUUGCUUUUUUUUUUAAAAGGAUAAAGAGUAAAUAGCAUUUUAUUAAAUAAAUUUAUUAAUCUAAUUCGAUAAAUUUUUGAAAUUUUGUUUUUUAUAUAAAAAAUUUUAUAUUGAUUUUUUUUUAAAAAAAAAAAAUUAACCUCCCUUUAAAUUGGAACAAAAUUUUUUGUUCCAAUUUAAAGUGGGGGAGAGUGAGCUAAACUCAGAAAUCGAGAAUUUAAAGUCCAAAACCCAAAUCCAUACAUCCCACACCUUCGAAAAUACAAAAGAAAUUGAGAAUAAUAAGCAAAGAAUAAAAGAUUUGGAAAAUGAAAAUUUUUGUUUGUCUUCUGAACUAGCUGAGCUUAGAUUUAAAGUGGGUUUAAGUGAAAAAGUGACUCAAACACAAAGAUCAAUAUGCAGCAGAACUUCUAUAAGUCCAAAAUUUGAUUGCAGAAGUGAAGAAGCAAGAUCAAUGGUAGGUUCAAAAUUAAUGGAGAGUUUUCACGAUGAAGCAUUCACUCAUAUUUCUGCCUUAAGCAAACUAAUGCAUAAGCUCAUGCAAAAGGCGAAAAUUUCAGAAGAAGAAAUAAGAGGUUAUAUGAAAGCAUUGGAAGGUAUUGAAGAAUAUUUAGAAAGGAUAAUUUAG